UUAAACUGUAGCUUUUCGGAUGUAGAUGUUUCUCGCUUUCUAAGUUAAGUUUGAUCCUAUCUUACGAGAUUUAAGCCUGACCAUAUUACAACUUUCUGUUACAACAGUAACAGUUAUUACUGUGACAAAUCACCUGCUAUAAAGUUCUGUUACAAUAGCGGAGUUUCGUAACGAUUGGGACUCCUGAUAUAGGAAAUCAGAAAUCAAAAUCAACUUGUCAACACAAGUGUAGCUAACGGUCAUGGAUCAUAAAGGGAUGGAUGGAAUGAUGAUGAUGAUGCAGAUGUAUUUUACUACUGAUGUUGAAGUGACGAUACUGUUCAAAAGAUGGCACGUAAAGAACGUAGGUGAGCUAAUUGGGUCAGCUAUAUUUGUUUGUCUUCUGGCUAUAUUUUAUGAGGGGCUGAAGUACUUCCGAGACUACUUGUUCAGGAAAGAAGCUCUUAAUGAGGGAAAUCUGAAUGAACAAAGAACUCUCAUGAGCCGACUGACCCAUAGACCUCACGUAAUCCAGACCAUGCUUCACGUUGUCCAGUUCGUCAUUAGCUACUUCCUGAUGCUUAUUUUCAUGACGUACAAUGUGUGGCUCUGUAUCUCUGUUGCACUUGGGGCUGGUGUUGGUUUCUUCUUAUUUGGAGGAAUGAGAGAUAUUGCUGUACAUAUCACAGAACACUGCCACUAGUGAAUCUUAAUAUAAACCUGACUACGAUCUGAAACAAUAUAAAAAUAGAGGAAGAUACACAAAACGAUUUAUAAACUGUUAACUAUUUAGAUCUAAGAA